UAGACUGUUGUCAAGCAAUAAAUCCGGUCUUAAGCUCAACGCUUCCUUAAAGUUAUUAACUACCUAUACCCGUGAAGAAUCAUUCAGAAAUGAACAUGAGAAUUGUUUUACUGUUCGCUGCAGUUCUUCUGCAAGAAGCGUCAGCUAAUUUUUUGUGCUUCUGCAAUUUCCUGCAUCCAUACGGGUACUUUUUGUAUGCAUGUCCGAGUCAGACCAGUGAACUAAUUGGAAUCAUCUAUCCACCGGAUAACACUGACCAUUAUGUGGACCUGACGGCCCCUCACUGUGUGGCCGCCUUUAAUGCCCAGGCUCCAGAGGGGUGGGUGGCCGUAUAUUACAACACCAAUAACGUCAACAAGCUUGGCUACAUGCACAAAGAUUCGGGUUUCCUAGAUCUACAAUGCCCCGGGACACUUACCUUUAACGUUCAAAAGGUACACAAGUCCACCAAGUGUACCCACCACAUCGGCACCAUACCAGGAUUGGUUCUUCCCACCCCAGCUUCGCCGGGCCCAAUCACAUCAUCAACUAAACAACCGUUCAUGUGGGUCUCACUUUCAACAGCGCCCUCACCAGCUAUUCAAAUGAAUACUUGUGACGGACAGCUACUUGAGAUUGGCAUAAUCCAGAGGUCAACCGUGUUCAAUGCUGAUUCCCGCCAUUGUCCACAAUCUGCCGUAGCUGAUGAAGAGGGCGUCGUCAUGGCCUUCUGCAAGGCACCGGAAGUUGAUCAUUGGAAGCGCAGUCUGCAUGUUAUGAACAACUGCAAGUCCAUCCCGAAGUAUUCUCCUGUCUCGUAUUUUAGAGGAAACUCAGUACUAAGGGGAACGAAGUCUGGGAUUUUCGUAGAGUGCACUGGCACCAGUUUUGUGCUUGCCCGCCAGUUAUGUUCCAAUAUGUUCCUGGAGAAAGUACAAGUCCCUUCAUUCCUUGCCAGCAAUUAUCACGUGAUAGAGUGGUGAAAACGUGCGAUUUGAGAAGAUGAGUUCAUCUGUGAUAAACGUUGAACAAAUAAUAAACAAAAUCAUGUGGUGUCGUACAUUUUCUUGUUUUAUUGAAUGAUUCAUAUUAAUUGUAAGCCACGAGUCUACAGUGUAAUAUUAAACAACCUGUAAUCGGCUC